AUGGGAUCGCUACCGGCGAUUGUUACGCCAGCUUUGCUUGCCUCGAUUCAGAGUCAUCCUCAGCUACCAAAGCAUACAUGGUAUUUGGUUGCAGCAACCACGCUGUCUCAGUUGAACCGGCCUGAUGAGAUUGCCAAAGUUUAUGAAUACGCCACGACUCGGGGUCCAGAGCUUGUGGAUUCCAUACCCAGCCAUGAUGAGAGGCUGGUAAUUUCCCGACGCAUGCGUGAGGCACUGGUAAAGGCCGCGGCUGUAGGCGGCGUUCCCAAGACUAUCAAUGCACUGCUCGAGCUGAAGAAGGUGACACCGCCCGAUAUGCUAGAUGAGCCACAGGCAUCACCCUCUCCUACCGGGCGAUCAUUCGACAUCUAUAAAACGCCAACAACCGAGAUCCUGCAACGUGGCCAGCGUUUCUUCGACGAUAUCUACGGCAAGAUAUCCAAGAGGAUUAUGGGCCAGAUGGAUCGCUCAGGCACCGAGGAUCUUGGACUGGCGGCACGGCUCCUGUACGGUUAUAUCCUGAGCAACACGAGCGUUCUCAAUGCCGUCGAGACUUCGUUUGUCAUGAUCGCCGCCCUCAUCCCUCAAGACGUAGUUAAUCCCCAACUAAAAGGUCAUUUGAGGGGGGCUCGCAAUGGCGGCGCCGCAGUUGAAGAAGUCAAAGCCGUGCGCAAUAUCGUGGUCGACAUAUGCGUAGCCUCAGGUAUGACCAUGCUUGAUGAUAACUCUCCUGCAGGAUUUGGAUGGAGAAGCCAGGUUGCCGACAUAUAA